AUGUUCUUUGAAAGAUCAGUAGUUUUCUUGGCAAUUCUGUCAGUGGCGUUGGGUCAAACGGACGAUGAAGAAUCAUUUUUGUUUGUAACAAAACAAACGAUCAACCGAUUUCUAGUACAAAAUAAAGAAUUCACUAUUAAAUAUGGCUUAUACAAUUCAGGACCGACAACGGUUUACAACAUUCAUCUCAAUGAUGCGCACAGUUUUCCUGCAGAUCAAUAUGAGUUACUUGUUGGCACAUUGAGUGCAAAAUGGGAACGACUCAACGCAGGAACAAACCUAACUCAUAUUGUUGUUCUCAAACCCAAACAAAGUGGAAUUAGCAAUAGUACAUAUGCAAUUGUAACUUACCAAAAAAGUGAAAAGAAUACUGAUGUUCAAAAAACUUAUUCGUCGGAAUUCGGCGAUGUUUAUAUCAUGACCAGUCGAGAAUAUGACCGACGUUUCUCGUCACAUAUUAUUGAUUGGUUACUUUUCACCGCUAUGGCUAGUCCUUGCAUUGUGUUUCCAUUCUUUCUUUGGUUUAAAAGUAAAAGCAAAUAUGAAGCACUUGUGACCAAAGAGAAAUCGUCGAAAAAAGCUCAAUAG